AAGAUGAUGUGCUGCGGUGGCCUCAUCAUCUUCUUCCUCCCUUCUUCUUGCUUCUUUUACUUGUCUUGGGUGAUUCAGUUAGCCCGUGACCGUGGUGUGAAUCGUUGGGAGGUUACAGGAAUUCAAUGCCUUGUCUGCUAGCAUUUAGUCAUCCAAGCUUCGGUUGCAGGCGAUGACGCCAGAGAUGGCUGUUCCGCUCCGCCAACCAUAUGAAUGCCGCACUGGACCGCAACUCCAAUGGGCGCUCAUUCAUUGGUUUGGUUUGCUUCUCCGCGUUUGUGAGGCCGACUGAGAAGCCAAACCUCCUGCGGCAGGAGGCCAAGAUCAGUGGGUUCUCAGGCUCGUUUGUUGCUGCAUCUCGACGAGGCCUCCCGCUCCAGGCAGCAGCGGAAUGGAGAGUCUAGGCUGGGGUAAUCCGACAGCCACCUACUCCAACUUUCUGAGUUCCAGUGAAGACUACAGCGGCGUGACGGGGAAGCUGGAGCUGGAGGCUUGUUUCCCCAGCUCGAGCAUUCAGCUCCUAGGAAUCAUGGCGUGCGGGGCGAGUCCAGAUUCCGACGGGGGCAGCGAGAUGGUGGAGACGUUGGUUCCGGCUGUGUAUGGAACAAGCAGCGCUCCCUUGCAACAUCAAGGCGCCGUGUGGGGUGAUGCUCUUCUCGCUCGAGACUGCCCUCCUUUUCCACCUAUCAGCGGACCCAUGAUCGUCGACCAAGGCUUCAGCAUAGCCCAAAACCUUGCAUCGUCCGACGAAUUCCCUGUCGAUAGCAACAUCACCAGUGAUGAAGACGUUCUUUCUGCUAUUUUUUCUGGCAGCGGGAACUUCGGGGAACGCAAAUGGAAUAAGGACGAGGUGGCCGCCGCCCAUGUCUCGCCUGAUCCGGUUCCUCUAAACCCCAACACCGUGACUAACUUUGAGGAAGGCUCAAGGAUCGGAGGAAGCACCGAAGGUCUUCUCCGACCGAGACCCUUGCUCAAGGAAGAAGGUCUUCGGAUUGCUAGUUCUCAGCACAAACUGAAGAAACCAAGAUCAGUGAUACAUUCAGGGUGUUCGGCCACAAGCUUGGGUCAUGGAAGCAACUACGAGCCCGACACCGAGGCUAUAGCGCAGGUGAAGGAGAUGAUCUACACGGCUGCAGCCCUAAGGCCGGUGACUCUGGUGGCGGAGGAAGCGGCCGAGAAGCCAAAGAGAAAGAACGUGAAGAUAUCGAACGACCCACAGACGGUGGCUGCAAGGCACAGGAGGGAACGGAUCGGUGAGAGGCUGAGGAUUCUGCAGAAGCUUGUCCCCGGAGGGAGCAAGAUGGACACUGCAACAAUGCUUGAUGAGGCCGCCAACUACCUCAAGUUCCUGAAGACCCAGGUGAGGAACUUGGAAACCCUAGGUAACAGGAACUAUGAUAGGAACAGUGCCAUGCACUCCUUCCCGCUUGCUUUGAAUCAGGCUUAUAUAAUGCAAAGACUUCUCCCCACUCAGAAACCCUAACUCUGCAGCCAAGCACAUGAAGUCCUAAGCACCCAAAAGGACAUCAUCGUCUUCAUCAUUAGCUUGGGUGGGGGUUCAGGGCUCAUCAAAGCUUAUCUUACGCACUCAACUCACUCAGCCAUAACUUCACCUAACCAAAGCCCAAUAGGAAGAAGAAUAAUAUACCAGCUUUUCGAUCAUUUGUAUCUUUAGCCCCAGCAAUUCACUUUGCCAAGACCUCUUUUCAUGGGCCAUAAACCAGCCUUGAUCUGUCACAAUCGACAUGCCUUCCUCGUAUAGCUUAAACUACAUACCGAAAUCUCUUUUUUCACAGUGACCUUACCCAUACAAACCAUCACCUACUACACCUCUGUCAUGCCUUCCUCAUCAGCAGAGGUACACUGGAGAAGAUCUAUCACAGAACUGGGGAGUGCAUGGUGCAGAGAGAGAUGAAAAGAAAACGUUUACCAGUUUAUACACUCAAGUCUCCAGAAUGACUAUGUAACAGUUUCUUAUGUCAUACAAAAAGAACAUAUCAUAUGAGAAAAUAAACAGGAUUUCCAGCUUCUUUUUCUGA